AUGAACAGUAGGAGAGAUCCAACAGGGGACGCAGCUGGCUCGGAGCUCGGAGUCCGGAGUCCCUGUUUUUCUUCCGGUGGCUCUCUCUGUUUGCUCCAUACAGUCUAUGGUUCGCUCAGAGACUCAAAGUCCACAGAAAGGAGGAACAUGGCCGCCGUGCAGCUGCUGCGGGUGUCCGUACAUGAGCGGAUCAGCGCUGCCACUGAGGACGUCCUGCAGCAGGUGGAGAAAGGAGGAGGAAAGGCUCAAGUCCCGGAGCUGAGAGCGAUGCUAACCGAGCGGCUAAUGGCGGCGGCUGAGGAGAUCCUCGCGGUGUUUGAGGAAACCGUGGCAGAGUACGAAGACAGAUACGAAGACCGAGUAGAGCAGUCCCAGCUGGAGAUCAGCCGCCAGAGGAGGCUGCUCGAUGCCGUGAUGCAGCCCGUAGUCCGGCUGCACAGAGCAGGGUGUCCUUCAGACGUCCAGCAACUGAUGGUGAUUAAAGAAGAGUGGAGCCUUCUUGUGGACCAGGAGGACCCAGAGCCCCCCCACAUUAAAGAGGAACAGGAGGAAUCGUGGACCACUCAGGAUGGACAGCAGCUUCAAGGACUGGAGGAAGCUGAUAUCAAGUUCACAUUGACUCCUGUCGCUGUAAAGAGUGAAGAAGAUGAAGAGGAACUUAAAUCGUCAAACAUUCAUCUGUGUGAGACGAAGGAGAACAGUGGGGACCUAAGGGGCAAUCUAAAGAAAGAGAAACCAUUUUUUUGCUCUGAGUGUGGUAAAAGCUUUAGCCAAAAGGGCACCCUUAAAACACAUAUGAGGUGUCAUACAGGCGAGAAGCCAUUUAGUUGCUCUGAGUGUGGUAGAAGAUUUAACCAAAAGGGCGCUCUGAAUUCACAUAUGAUGCGCCAUACGGGAGAGAAGCCAUUUAGUUGCUCUGAAUGUGGUAAAAGAUAUAUCCAAAGGAGCAAUCUAAAUAUACAUAUGAGGAGUCAUACAGGAGAAAAGCCAUUUAGUUGCUCUGACUGUGGUAAAAGCUUUAACCAAAGGAGCAAUCUAAAUUUACAUAUGAGGCGUCAUACAGGAGAGAAGCCCUUUAGUUGCUCUGAAUGUGGUAAAAGAUUUUACCAAAAGGCCGGUCUGAAUUCACAUAUGAGGCGUCAUACAGGAGAAAAGCCAUUUAGUUGCUCAGAGUGUGGUAUGAGAUUUACCGAAAGGGGCAAUCUAAAUACACAUAUGAGGCUUCAUACAGGAGAGAAGCUGUUUAAAUGCUCUGACUGUGGUAAAAGAUUUACCGAAAGGCGCAGUCUAAAAAAACAUAUGAGGAGUCAUUAGGGUUGCAAAAUUCCGGGAAUAUUCAAAGUUGGAAACUUUCCAUGGGAAUAAACCUGAAAUUUAAUUUUGGGGGUAAUUAAUACUAAUUGUAUAUACCUUGUCAUAUACAGACAUAAAUAUAAACAUUAUUUAAGGUAGAAAUAGGCUAGAUGAACGGAUGAAAAAACCUCAAUCAGCAUGCUAAUAUAUUUCCCCAGUAAUAUCAUCAAAACUUACCUGACUAGUCCUUGGGCUAAUGCAGUAGUGUGGCCUCAAUAGCCCUGCUGUAGUGUGCAGGAUGCUGGGAAUUAUCUGUGCAUGUGAUGGAGAAAUGCACAGUGCACGGUUGAAAUUCAACUUGCAGCGUUUGCUGCAUUCCAUACAUCUUUAAAACAGAGCUUUCAAUGAUGUUUCUAUUUGUCAGCGUUUAAUUUGCAGUAACAUAUUCCCGAGCUGAACUUCCCAUGGACUGUUUCCUGAAAUGUUCCACCCCUUUGCAACCCUAGGAGUCAUUCAAGACAGAAAUCGUUUAGUUUCUCUGACUGGUAAAACAUGUAAGAUUCAGUCCUGUUGUACGAGACGUGAGGAUUCAUAAAGGAGAGAUAUGAUUCAGUAGCAACCUUUGUAUGAAAAGCUUUUUUAGGAUUUAUCAGCAUAUAUUUAUAUUAUACAUAUUCAUAGGUCACUGUUUUAAAUAGACUGUUAACAGUUUUUAUGUCCCUAGAAAAUAUAUAACUCAUUGAAUAACACGGAAGAUUUGUGUUUAUAUAUCUUGUUUCUACUGAUUUCUACAUAAUUUAUCUCUUUUUUUAUAAUGUCCUUCAUGUAAUUUUAAGGUUAAAGUGUGUUCCUUGCACAGUAUGAAUGUGUGCUCUUAACUAGCUCAUAUGAUUAAAUACAUUUGUUUUAAAUCAAUGGUUUCUUGGUUUGUGAGAUUCAAUGACAGUGUGUGUUCUCCUUUAUGUAUUGAAUGUGUUUCCAAGAAUAAAAGUCUAAUAAAAAGAUAA